CUGACCCAUUCUAACUAGGUGUGCAAAGUGAGUUCAGGGAGGGCACGGAAGUAAAUGCAUUUCGUGUUAGCGGUGUGAAUGGAUAGUUUAUAGGUGUAACAGGAUCUGCAAGGGACUGGAGUUAUUUAAACGUUGCUGAUUUAACACUAUCAAUCAGAGAAAUGUCUCCCGAUGAGCUGGUUUACUUAGGAAUCCUCGCAGUCUCCAUCCCUGUUGGGUUCCUCUUCCGUUACCUCAGUCCUCCUGUGAAGCAGGGGGCAGCUCUUCUUCUGGGCCUGUCUGUCGCCAUCAUCACCUGUCAGAUCCACACCCUCCACUCUCUGGUGACGGUGAUAGGAACAUGGAUUAUUAUAAAGAUCAGCUGGCGGCAUGCCCCAGCAUUGAGUCUCGCCUGGAGCUUCCUCUACCUCCUCUUCUUCCGGCUGGUCACUUGGUUCGGUCUGCCACCCCCAACACCUUUCGCCAACGCCAUCCAGCUGCUUCUCACCCUGAAGAUGGUGAGUCUUGCAAAUGAGGUGAACAGCUUCCACAUGGAAAAGAAGAAGGACGUGAGCUCCUUUGCCAAGUCUCCUGUCAUUGGUGGUCUGUCGUCGGAGCCCUCCCUCUACAAUAUUCUGUCCUAUAGCUACUGCUAUGCCGGUAUAAUGACGGGUCCGUUCUUUCGCUUCCAAACGUUUGUUGACUGGCUGAGGCAGCCAAGCCCGCAGACCCUGCCCGGAUGGGUGCCGUGCCUGCAGCGUCUGAAGUUCGUUCCUGUCUACGGCGCUCUGUUCAUUGCGGUCAACUCUGUCUUCCCACUCUCCUACGUUCGCACAGACGAGUUCCUGGAUGAAAACUUUUUCUUUAGGUGUUUCUACAUGAUAGCAGUGUUCUUCGUAUUCAGGAUGCGUUUCUAUGCAGCGUGGUGUGGAGCUGAGGCUGGUUUUAUCAGUGCAGGUCUGGGCUGCUAUCCAGAAAAGGCGCUGUCCAAACCUGGAGGAGGACCCACUGUCAACUACAGUCCUGACCCCAGCGCAGAAGAGACAUAUGACUUCAAAACCAUCCAGAACAUCGACUGCUACAACACGGACUUCUGUGUGAAGGUCCGCCACGGCAUGCGUUACUGGAACAUGACCGUGCAGUGGUGGCUGCAUCACUACAUCUACCCCAACGCCCCCUUCAGAGCCUACGCCCUCAGGGCCGGCUGGACCAUGUUCAUCAGCGCAUACUGGCAUGGACUUCAUGUCGGCUACUACCUCUCCUUCCUCACCAUCCCUCUGUGCAUCGCAGCCGAGUCUGCCAUGGAGUCGUCCGUCCGAGCUAAACUGGGUCCGUUUGGUCAGAACAUCUUCGACUGGGUUCACUGGUUCUUGAAGAUGAGGGCGUACGACUACAUGUGCAUGGGCUUCGUGCUGCUCAAGGCCUCUGACACCAUCCACUACUGGACGUCCAUCUACUUCGUCAUGCACAUCAUCGCCGUCGCCUGUAUAAUCAUCGGCAGGGUUCUGAAGGGAGGAAAAAAGGAAGGAAGGAGAGCGGACAAAGAGGAGAAAAAAGAGGGAGAGAAGAUAGAAAAUGUAACAACGGGAGAGAAAACAGACUAAAUGGAGGUACAGAAAAGAACUGGUUGGAUAUUUUUUGAGACAUGACAUAGGGUCACUGCAGGAUUGUCCAACAUCCAUCGCACCAACACUCACCUUACAAGCAACAAACCUCAAACAGGUCCUAUAAGAUCUCUAAUGGGAACAUGUCAUGAAAAAUGCAGUAGAUUAGACGAGAGUGUGACGAGUUAGAACUGGGCGAAUUCUUAUUAUGUAUAUAAAGGUACUGUGAAUACUGGGAGAGGAAUGUUUGAGCUCAAUGAAUGUUACUUUUGUAGUGUGAGUGGUAGCUGGGCUGUGGAAAGUUUAUUCACUCCCCUCAUCUGAGCGCCUGUCUGUACAGUAAAUGUGCUUUUGUUUCACAAUACCAUUCCGAGUUUAAAUAAACUGUAAUGCUGUUUUAAAAACACUCAGUAGGGUGAAGCAAACAAUAACCAAACAAGCCUCGUAAGACCUGAUAAAUAUUUAAAAGAGGAGCAAUUAAAUGUAAUUAAAUUGAGUUUCCAUAACCAACAAAACAUUCCAGCAGCCCUGGGUUACAAAACGUUUAUAUUGGGGUACAGCACGGAAAGAUUUUGAUGGGAAAACAUGACAGUGUCAUUAUAAGGGUUAUAUAAGUUUGCUGAUUUAUUUAUAUUGCGGAACAGAAUAAUCCUGCUGCCCUUUGGCUUCCUAAACCAUCACCUUGACAGUUUUUGAUCUAAAAAAAAUGAUGUUGUUGUGAUACAAUGUAAACCUUACCAGACAUCUCCUACAGAUUACAUGUGUGUCGCUGCCUGGUUACUUUAAACUUCUUUAAGUGAUUUAGAUUUUGGUUUCCAGUAUUAUAAUGUUCCUCAUUUUAUUGCCUGAACACCUUGAUCCAGAGAAUUUAAAUGUGUUUUUCCUCAGUGUUUUUCUGCCUGUAACUGUGAGCAUAUCAGGAGCAUCUGCACUGACGUCUCUAAAGCAUCUGUUGUGUCUGCUAAUGAGUGUUUGUAAGAUAGCAACAGUCCAUUCACUGCCAAAAUGUCUGUACUGCCAUCGUGGACCAUUCAGGGUUGGGACCAAACAUUUGAUACAACAGGUUUUCACAUGACAACUAUAAGCUGCCAACGUAGAUCAUGAAUAACAGCACAGCUAGGGCUGGGCGAUUCGGUGAAAUCAACUUCACAGUGAUGACUAGAGAGGCGUUUGCAGAGCUCAGGCCUCGGGCAAGUUUGCAUAAUGAAAAAAUAAAACUGUAUCCACCUUGUGAUACAAAUCUGCUCCGUCAUUUAAUGGGUUCUUUCUUGGCACAAUGCUACCAGUAGUUUCAACAAAGUCUGUAUUGAUAAAUAGCACCAUAUGAAAACUGUAUGCAAACUAUAUGUAAAAUAACCUAGAAAUAUUUAUCCGGACAGCAGGAUGGUUUAGAAGACUCAGAUUUCAUGGUUAUGUGUUCACAAUCCACUGCUGCCGAAAGCUGGUAAAUGAAGGUAUUGAUUUAUCGCCCAGCCCUCACCUUCAUAAACUGUGAACAGUUGGAAAAGAGAGUUAUUUCACUCACUCCUGUCUCAAACUGUGUGACAACAACUGUGUCUUUGUUUUAUAUGUGCAUGUCUUAGAGCACGAGUAGAAAUAUAUAUUAUCUCCUAAUGUCAUUUGUUCUCCACGUUACCUGGAACUGAGAUCAUUGGAUCUGCAGAUGUAUUUUGUGUCUUGCCUUUACCCUCGAUGUGCCAAAACUCAUCCCUUGUAGAAUUAUUUUUCUUUUCCUGCACAAGGAUGAUUGUGAUUUGUAGUCGAUCAAUUGCCUGCUCACUUCCAGACUAUUUAUUUAAGCCUUUUGUGUCUUUUCUUCAGCUCCCCAUACUGCACCUGCUGCACUCCAUGCUCUGUAACAGUGUUUCUUGUGAAAUACACCUCAGCUUUUCCUCCACAA